AUGCCCUUCAUCCAAACAAUCACCCACCGUCUCUACUAUUCCGACACCCACCCAACCAACCCAACCCCAACCAGCCAAACCCUGAUCUUCAUCCACGGCCUCGGCUCCUCCCAAAACUACUACUACCCCGUAAUCCCGCACCUCACAGCCACCCACCGCUGCAUCACAAUCGACACAUACGGCGCCGCCUGCUCCCCCUAUACAAACGACCCAAUCUCCAUCCGCAGCAUCGCAAACGAUGUCAUCGGCGUGCUGGAUGCGCUGAACGUUCCCCAAGCAAUCGCUGUCGGCCAUUCGAUGGGCGGGCUGGUUGUGAUGGAGUUGGGUGCGAGGUAUGCGGAGCGUAUAGCGGGUGUUGUGGCUAUUGGGCCGACGCAUCCGUCGGAGGGGUUGGUUGGGGUUAUGAAUAAGAGGGCGGAGGUUGUGCUUGAGUCUGGAAUGGAGCCAAUGGCUAAUACCAUCCCAUUUGCGGCCGUCGGCUCGCGCAGCACCCCGCUUCAGAAGGCGUUUAUUCGCGAGUUGAUCCUGAGGCAGAGUGCUGAGGGGUAUGCUGCGCUUUGUCGGGCUAUUGCGUCUGCUGAAGCGGCGGAUUAUGCGGCUGUUAAGGCGCCGUUUUUGCUUAUUGCUGGGGAAGAAGAUAAGUCUGCUUCUAUGGAGGGGUGUAAGCAUAUUUAUGAGCAUGUCUCGAGUCAGUCGAAAUCAUUGGAGGUCUUGAAGGGGGUUGGGCAUUGGCAUUGUAUUGAGGCUGCUGAUGAGGUUGGUGCGUUGAUUGCGGCGUUUGUGGGGGAGAUGGAAUGA